AUGAGAUCAACUGCGUUUGGUAAAGAUGGCAAGUUGGAUAUAUCCAACUAUAUGGACGAGUUUCCGUUUUCAUUUCAUUUAUUACUGAGAAACAUCACAUCGCUGUGGAGUUUUGAGAGAUUGAACGUAGAAAUAAUGGUUAACGGAACACCUAAACGUGAAGAAAUGAAUAGAACAAUGAGGAAUAGGAUUGAACAAGUUAUGAGAAAUUCCAAUACAGAAACAGAAAUGGUGCCAACGAUUAUCGAGAAGAAGAAAAAUAUGAAAAUCAUAAAAUGUCAUGAGUAG